GCCAAGACCCGCCUUCUUUUCCAGUCUGACUACUUUCUCCUUGAGGCUCACUUUUUUUGUUUACUAUUGUUUUUGUCCCCCGUCACCGCCGUAAUGGACAGUCUCCUUCGGGCAAUAUUCUCUUCGGAGGAGAAAGAGCAGCACUUAUUGAACUGCAUGGCGUACGUCAUGCUUGUAAUGGCAGCCUGCACAUUUGUGGCUCUGCUCUCUCAGAGCGUGCCGUACGGACGAUACUCCGGAGGCAAGGGCUUCCCAGUCCACGUCAAGUUUGCUUGGUUCGUGCAGGAGCUGCCGGCCUUCCUGCUGCCGGUGUGUCUGCUGCUGUGGACGUCUGCUGCCAGAACAUCUCUGCUCGCCAACCAGCUGCUCAUCGCCAUGUAUUUGUGCCACUAUGCACAGAGAUCACUGGUUUAUCCAUUCUUUAUACGUGGAGGUAAACCAACACCCUUUGUGUCAUUUGUCCUGGCCACCAUGUUCUGCACGUACAACGGCUUCAUGCAGAUCAGAUAUCUGAGUCACUACGCACACUAUCCUUCAGACUGGAUCACACGACCCUGCUUCCUCGCAGGAUCUGUCCUAUGGUUGCUUGGCUGGCUGAUGAAUCUGCACUCUGACCACAUCCUGAGGACCCUGAGGGCCCCCGGAGAGAGCCACUACAAGGUCCCUAAAGGUGGAAUGUUUGAGUACGUGUCCGGAGCCAACUUCCUAGGCGAGAUACUGGAGUGGGCCGGCUUCGCUCUGGCGGGCCAAUCGCUGCAGAGCGCCGCCUUCGCCGUCUUCACCGCAGUGGUCCUCAGGAGCAGGGCUGUGGACCACCACAGAUGGUACCUUGAGAAGUUUGAAGACUACCCAAAAACCAGGAAGGCUUUAAUCCCAUUUUUCUACUAGAAAACCUAUUUUACAAGCAGUAAUAUAUAUAUAUAUAUAUAUAUAUAUGUAUAUAUAU